AUGGGCGAUAAACGGAAACGGAGCCAGCUCCCAGCUGAAGAUGACGCGGUUGAAGUUACGGAGGUGAGGCAGAAGAAAUCCAAAAAUAGCGAUAAGGAGAGGAAAAUAGAUAAAUCGAAGGAGAGGAAAGAAAAGAGGGAAAGGAGGAAAAAGAAGGAAAAGGAGAAGAAGGAGAAGGAAAAGGAUCAGGACAACGAGGUUCGGGAUGAUGUAGAAGUUAACGGAAAUUACCCGGAUGUUGAGAUGAAAUUGGCAAACGGUGCUGCGGAAGACGAUGUGGAGAAAAAGGUGAAGGAGAACAAAGCAAAGGAUGGCGGCGAAGCAGCAGAAGAGGAAAGAGAUAAGAAGAGAAAGGAGAAGAAGAAGAAUAAAAAAGGCAUAAAGGACAAGCAAAAAGUGGAGGGGGGCCGCGAGGAGAAAGAGGAGCAUGAAAAUUCGGCAGAACAAUUAGGGAGCCAACAGGAGCAAAAGGAGCAAAAGAAGGAAAGGAAGCGGAAUAAAGAUAAAAAUAAGAAAGAUAAAACGGGAACAGCACUUAUCAACAGGCAUGGGGAAAUUACCGAAGAAACGCCUGUGGUUGAAACCGAUGUUGCUGCGGAGAAUGGCGUUGAUGAAAAUAUCGACGGUGCCAACGGACAUGACGGAGAAAAGAAAAACCUGAGAUUGAUCGCAUUCAUCGGUAAUUUGCCUUUCCAUACAAGCCUAGAAGCCGUGCAAAAACACUUCGCAAAAAUCGAACCCAACGAUAUUCGGCUCCCUAGCGAAAAGGGUGGGAAGAAGGGCCGUGGCUUUGCGUUCAUCGAAUUCGACCGUUAUGAUCGCAUGAAGACGUGUUUAAAGCUGUACCACCACUCUUUAUUCGACGAUGGCGAGAACCCUUCCAGGAAAAUCAACGUUGAGUUAACUGCUGGUGGAGGUGGCUCGAAAUCCAAAACUCGUAAAGCGCGAAUCGUUGAGAAGAAUACGAAGCUCUCCGAGCAACGUUCUCGCGCUGCGAAGGAAGCUCGGAAACAGAAAAAGAACUCCAAUAUUACUCAGCCGGGUGGCGAUUCAGAAGCUGUGCCAGUUAAAAACGAUAUGGACGAUGUGCAUCCUAGUCGGAGGAAAUGGGUUCCUGGUUCUUGA